GGUUUGGUUACAGCUCUGCUGCCAUCAACCGCUGUAGAAAACAAGCAAAAGAAUUGAAAACCGAAACAAUCCUCUACUCGCUUCUCUGUUAAUUCUUCUCUAAACAUGGUUUCUUUCUCUUUGUUCUAAUGCUCAUCAUCACGGAGAAAUCAUAGACAGCAUCAAUUGCCUCCCAAAUCCCACAUUUUCUGAUAAUUUCUUAAGAGUGAUGAGCUUUAGAACCCUGACAAAAUGGCUUCAUUGGUCCCGGGUGUUCUCCUAAAACUCCUACAACAUAUAAACACUGAUAUCAAAAUUGCCGGUGAGCACCGUUCAUCUCUCCUUCAAGUCAUCAGCAUUGUUCCCGCUCUCUCAGGUGGCGAGCUCUUCUCCAACAAAGGCUUCUAUCUCAAAGUCUCGGAUUCUUCUCAUGCUACUUACGUCUCUUUACCCAAUGAACAUAAUGACUUGAUUUCUAGUGACAAGAUCCAAUUAGGCCAAUACAUUCAUGUUGAACGCCUUGAAGAUGCCACCCCGGUUCCCAUUUUGAGGGGUGUGCGACCAAUCCCAGGGCGCCACCCAUGCAUUGGAAAUCCUGAGGAUCUCAUUGCCACGAGAUCUCUAGGUUUUCUUAAUAAUGAGAAACCUCCAAAUCGAAACUCUUUAGAAAAGGAGAAGCUUAAAUUGGGGAAAUUGGAUGUUUUGGGAAAAACUGAAGCCAGAAAGAAAAAGUUGACUCUAACCCAGUCGAGCUCUUUUAAUUCAAGACUAACAGUGAAAAAUACCGUGGAGAAGAAAGAAGCUAUUGGUUUGAGAACGAGAUCUAUGAACUCAAGGGUCUUGCCUUCAUCUCCACAGAGUUGUUAUUCUUUGCCUGCGACAUUUGAGAAAUUCUCCAGUGAAGUUAAGCAACAAGCGAAGGUUAGAUCGAUUGGUAAGGCUCCAGCUUCGUCAAGGCCAGGUUGUUUGGAGAGAGCAUCUCCGGUUUUGAAAUCAAGCUUAUCUGGAAGAAAUUCUUCAAGUGGGAUUUUAAAAGGGGAUUCACUUCGGGGCAUGGAUAUGGGGAGUAAGGCUUUGAGAAGGAGCUGGGGAGGUUGUGAACAGACAAAGGCAAAUAGCAAAAUUGGUUCAAGGGAAGGCAAGCUUGAGAAGAAAUCUGAGGUUCAAGCUACUUCAGUCCCUCGUAAAAAACCGCAGACAAGUGAAAAGCGAUUACCAAAAGAGGAAAACAAGAUUCAGAACCUCCCAAGGAAAGGGAGUGUAGCUGCAGCUGUCGAAGAUCGUGAUAAGCUAAGAACACAUCGGUCUCCUAUUGUGAAGAAGACAGCAGAAGCCACACAUAGUUUGAAUCCUGGAAACUUAGUAAAGAUUGUUUCCAGUAGCAGCAGAAGAUUGACAGAUGGUAGUGUUUCUUGGGCAUCACUUCCAUCUCCUCUAGCAGAACUGGGAAAGGAAGUUAUGAAGUAUAGGGAUGCGGCACGACAAGCUGCUAUAGAGGCAAUUCAGGAAGCAUCUGCUGCAGAGAACUUGGUUCAGUGUUUAAGCAUGUAUGCGGAGCUGAGUUCAUCUUCAACCGAGGACAACCCUCAGCCCACAGUUGAGCAAUUCCUCAACUUCCACAGCACUCUAAAGCGAGCCACUCUCGUCUCCAAGUAUCUCCAGUCUCCGGAAACUUCCAUCCCCUAUGAAGAAUCACUCAAGCUCUCAUCCAACAAGAGAAAGAACGCCACUUCAUGGGUCAACACUGCCCUAUCCACCAAUCUAUCCCCCUUUUGCCUCUACACUCACAAAAGCCCCUCCCCUUCUACUCUCACCGUUGUCCUAAAUAACAAACCCAAAUCUACAUCACCAAAACCCGUGUCAAAUGCACAUGCCAAGAUCCGGCCAUCGCCGGUGAUGUCAUCAACACCACCUCGUGAGUGGGACCGCGAAGGUGGGGCCAAGGAGGAAGCUGAGCUGGUGAGGACAUUGAAGGAGGAAUCGGGUAGAUGGUUCUUGAAGUUUGUGGAGAGGUUCUUGGAUGCUGAUGUGGACAUGACCGGAAAGGCGGAGAGGGAGAGGGUGGCGGGGAUGAUGUCGCAGAUCAAAAAUGUGAAUGAUUGGUUGGAGGAAUUCGCCACGGAAGAAGGCGAUGGAGGUGUCCGAGGCGUGCCUGAGGAGACUAUUGGUAGGAUGAGGAGGAAGAUUUAUGAGUAUCUUUUGAAUCAUGUGGAGUCAGCAGCGGUUGCGUUAGGGAAUGGUAGCAGAGAUCGCCAGGCUCGGAGGUGACGAACUGAUGAACGUGUAGAUAAAGAGGUAUGGUUGAUUUAUCGAAGAUGUGAGGGUGAAAUUGAUGUUUUCAUUUACAGCAAAAUGUGUCCUGAUUCAUAGAUUUCACAGCAUGACAAACACAAAUAUAGUUGUAUCUUCUCAUUAGGGUUAAUUGUGGAGAGUCCCCCUGUAGUACCACUGUUCGAACUUACCGUGCCUCUAGUUUCAUUGGUGUAGCUAGACCCCUCAGGUUAAAUUUUUUUUGACUCAUUUACCGUCGGUUAAAUUUUGCCUGAUAUUAUUGCCCACGGGCAAAAUUUGGGUGUACUGUCCAAGCGCAAAAGAGUCAAAAAAAAUUUAACCAGUGGGCCUACUUGGAACAGCGAAACCCGGGGUUGGUAAGUUUAAAACGGCAACACUGCAGGAGGGUCUGGUUGCAAUUAACGGUUUUCAUCAUCAUAGUAGAAAUUGGCCAAACAAAAAAAAAAGAGAGAAAAAAAUCAUAGGCUUGGAUUGAUGAUUUGAGUCCAGAAGAGGGGAGAGGUGCACAUUAUGGUGCAUUCUAACAGGUAAUCUGUGUAAAGUUUGUGUACAUAGCUGCAGUUUUCUAUUCUUUUCUCCGGAUGUACUAUCAUUACCGUGAUAUUUGUUGCACGUACAGCAAUAAAUACGGUGGGCUUGGUGUUGCUGAAAUUCCAUCACUUGUCGUUUGCUGCCAAAAUGUGUUUUGCAGAUAACUCUUUUUAAUGUGCCGGAUCAUGGAACUUUCUUUUGAGAUUUCUUUAGUCCUCCUUAAGAUUACAUUACUUCAUU